AUGAUUAUUGGCAUAGGGACCGACAUAGUUAGCCUCGCCCGCCUGGGCGCGUUCCCAAUCAGGAGAUUGACUCGACUGGCGACGCGCAUUCUCACUUCUGAUGAAAUUUUACUGCUCAAGAAAUCUCUAGGAGCGCCGACAUCGCUCGGUGCAGAUCCAACCACCACAGAGUCGCAGAACGCCCAGUUCCUGCACGAGUUGAGGGAUGAACACCGGUGGGAUACACACAAGAAGGACAAAUUGGCACAGUAUCUGGGAGUACGGUGCGCCACGAUCGAGUCCCUGUUCUCCCCUUUUUCUGACAACUAUUGUCCCAAUAGAUGGGCUGCUAAAGAGGCUAUCUACAAGGCUAUGUAUCCAUAUCGUAAACUCAGUUGGAAAGACGUCGAACUCAAACCUCUCCAAAUCAAAAUCGACGAUCGGUCAGGAAACGCCACUCCCAAACUGGAAGUCGUUUUCACCAAGUCUAUGAACGUCACCGUCCACGAUUCGACGCUCUCAUUCAUGCGGUCUCACUUGAGCAUAUCUCAUGACGCCGGUCUGGUGGUCGCAAUGGUCGUUCUCGAAGGGCAAAGCGGAGAAUUCGCAUUCGAAAAGGAUCCAGAAGUCGUUAGCCACCAAACGUGUCCGUUUGUCCAGCUGCCCCCUUUACGCGACUAUCUUACAAUGACUGCCGAACAAUUCGCCAUAGAGGACCUGCGGUCCACGAUCUUAUUGGCUUAG